GGCCGUCGCCUCAGGAUGGGGCGGUGGGCCUUGGCGGCCCCGCUGGUGGCCCUCCUGGCCCCUUUGGUGGCCCACCUGCCGCAGCCCGCCGCCGGGAACCCCCUCAUCCGGCAGCCGGGGGCCCGGAACGAUGCCAAGCCAGUCACCGUCGAUUUGGGACUCAAUCCUGCGGAACCGGGGUCGUCCAGCUUAGAGAAUGUGGGGUCCUCUGAGAUGAACAGUCCCCCUGGCCAGCUGGGGUCCUCCGACACAACCACCCACCCGCCUGACAAGCUGACGUCUUCUGAAGUAGCCACCCACCCUUCUAAGAAUCCGGAGUCCUCCGACACAGUCGCCCACCUCCCUGAGAAUCCGGAGUCCUCCGACACAGUCGCCCACCCCCCAAGGAAUCCGGAGUCCUCCGACACAGUCACCCACCCCCCUAGGAACCCGGAGUCCUCCGACACAGUCGGCCACCCCCCUAGGAAUCCUGAGCCAUCCGACACAGUCUCCCACCCCCCUAACAAUCCGGAGUCCUCCGACACAGUCGCCCACCCCCCUAACAAUCCGGAGUCCUCCAACACAGUUGCCCACCCCCCAAGGAAUCCGGAGUCCUCCGAAACAGUCGCCCACCCCCCUAGGAAUCCUGAGUCCUCCAACACAGUCGCCCACCCCCCAAGGAAUCCGGAGUCCUCCGACACAGCCGACCAGCCCCCUAGGAAUCCUGAGUCCUCCGACACAGUCGGCCACCCCCCUAACAAUCCGGAGUCCUCCAACACAGUCGCCCACCCCCCUAACAAUCCGGAGUCCUUCAACACAGUCGCCCACCCCCCUAGGAAUCUGGAGUCCUCCGACACAGUCGGCCACCCCCCUAGGAAUCCUGAGCCAUCCGACACAGUCUCCCACCCCCCUAACAAUCCGGAGUCCUCCGACACAGUCUCCCACCCCCCUAGGAAUCCGGAGUCCUCCGACACAGUCUCCCACCCCCCUAGGAAUCCAGAGUCCUCCGAAACAGUUGCCCACCACCCUAACAAUCCGGAGUCCUCCGACACGGUCACCCACCCCACGAGGAAGCCGGUGUCUUCCAUCACAUCCGCCCCUGCUGACAAACUAGAGUUUGCCACCACAGCCGCCGCUGCUGACAAACUGGUGUCCUCUACCACAGCCACCCCUGCUGAGAAGUUGGGGUCCUCUGACGCGGCCGCCUCCGCUGAGAAAGCGGGCUCUUCCGCCCCGACAGCCCAUCCCGCGGAGAAACCGGAGUCCUCCCUCAAGGACCCAGGCGACGAUGCCGAAGGAGACGGGACCUCCCGGUCUGCCCCCGGUGCCGCCGAGGCUCACCCCGGACUCGGCUUCUCCGGCCCCGAGUCCGAGGAGAAUCCGGAUUGGCGAAACGAAGAGCCAGAGGACCUGCUGGAGACCAGGCCGACUAAGGCCGAUUCCGAGAGCAGCCACUUCUUCGCCUACCUGGUGACCGCAGCCAUUCUCGUUGCGGCUUUGUACAUCGCGUACCACAACAAGCGAAAGAUUAUUGCCUUCGCCUUGGAAGGGAAACGAGCCAAAGUCACCCGGCGGCCCAAAGCCAGCGAUUACCAGCGCCUGGACCAGAAGAUCUGACUUCUUCCUCGCUGGACUGGAUGUGCGUCGUUCCUGACCUCGAAUUGAAUGUGACGAGUCUGAAGCAGCAUAGCACUGUAAUCUGAGCAGCACCUGUCAUCACCCCCCACCCCCAACCCUCCCGCCCCCGGGGCUACCUCUACUAGCCGGAGGCUAGCCGGGGGAAACGCUUUCACUCUCGAGACCUCCUGUGUUUUCCCCCUCCCCGUUUCUAGGUCCCUUUUCCCCAGGUCCUCCCUUCCCCUCAAAGUGAGCGGAGGGAGGCGGUGGCAGCUCGCUCCCGCCGGGCCCAUAGUGGGAUGGGCCUCCUGGCUCCGGCCCCCUCCCCAGAGCGGAGGGCAACGUGUUGACCCUCCGGCAGCGGGAUGGUGUCGCCCGGGCCCUUUCCUCGGCCUGAAAGCCCCCGCAGAUCAGGGCGCUUUACCGGCGGAAGACUUAUUCUCGGGGAGACGAGAUGCGUCGCCCACAGGAGACUCAGGAGACCGUCGUGGCGGAAAUCCGCGGAGAGCAAAGUGGGAGCGUGUCCUGUGGUCCUUCCCUCCUACCAGGAUUCCUUCACUUGCUUGCUAGUGAUAGGAUUUCUUGAAGUCAUUUGGAAGCCAUUUCUCUGAUUUAUUUUGUGUGUGUGUGUUUUAAAAGUUGAUUGCACUGAACAAGAAAUACUUUGGCUCAGGGCUGAUAGGAGGGUGUGAAGGGUAGAGCUUAUUUGAAUCAUAGAGAGAAAUUAUUAUUUUUGUUUAAAUGAAGUCAGAGGCGCAGUCGAACUGAGUCUGCACCGUUGAAGGGAAGGGCUGAGAAAAGAGGCAGGCACUUUGUAGCCCUACUGGACGAAUCAGGCUAGAAAAGUCCUCUUUGAAGCCUAAGCCCUCUGGUUGGGUUGGGAGCAGAUGGAUGGGAUAGCCGCUCAAUCUUCCACACCCCGGAGGCAGUGCAUCUUGCUAGACAAUGGAGAAUCUCUUCCAGCUGUAGACUUCAGGCUCCCAUUUUUCCCAAAAGGCUCUUUAGAGUCGCUCUUCCAGGAGGGCGUCACCGAAGGAAAGUUGCGUUCCCAGCUCCCCUUAUUCUCAAAUGGCCCCGUGAAAUCAGUAGCUGCAAAAGCCUCCCUCCCCACCCUAAGCCCUAGGCGGGUGUAAAACUCCUUGAAGGUGGAAGGCGAAGCCUGGAGGGAAGUGAGGCGUGGUCUUGAAUGGAGGGAUGUGACUUCCUCCGGUCGUCGGGAAGUAGGACUCUGAAGGGAGUAUUAUCAGCCGGGCAUUUCCUUUAAGAAAGACCCACACUGAAAAGCUAGCCUCAGGGAGAUGCAGAGACCGUGUCCAGACCGUGCCCGGGUGGUUAGUCCCGUUGCAGGGAAGGGACAUUGUAUCCCAAAUGCUCUCUACGGUUCUGCCGGUGAUUGGGGGUGCAGAGCUCCAUUUUGGGGCUCCAGCUGGGGACUCGGAUGGCGGAAGGUCCCUACGUUCUUCCCUUUGGAUUCAGGGAGCAGAAAGAAUGACCGGUUUGGUCGAGAGAUUUUUUUUUUUAACCCAAGCCCUGAAGGCAGAGUGGCAGGUAGAGUGUACCCUUUAUUAGUGUAGAGGGCUUUCAAGUCACUUCCAGGGAAGUUCCUUUAAAUUCACAGACAGCCCAUUAAAUCUUUAGGAAGCGGAAACUCCUGGACCCUGGAGGAGAGAGCGAUUCUACAGGCCCGAAGCCUCUGAAACAGGCAUCCUGAUUCCGUGGUCUCUCUCGGAGAAGGCGAGAGUGAUUUGUGGGUGACACUGGUAUUGUCCCUGCCCCCUGGAGAAAAGCCAGGAAAAUCAGGCACAGCUUCACUUUCUUUUCCGAUGUAUUUUCCUUUCAGAGUUUUUAGGAAGGGAAAUAUUGGGUGCAGGGUUCUCCGCUAAUUCCCCUUGACAGAGGUCAUACUCCUUAAUCAUCACUUUUUUUUUUUUUGCCUCAUUUCAGUAACGUUAACCCGUUUCAAAAAUCCCAAACCUGCUCCGGGCAACCCGUCACAGGCCUGGCGCCGCUCGACUGAAUCUGAAAAUUGCUUUUCCGAGGAGGAGGCAUCCCACCCCAGAAAGCGGGAGAUGUUAUUGGGGCAGGCUCUCUCAAUAGCUCAGUGGGCAAGCAGGCGGGGCAGCUGAUGGCUUUCGGUGCCGGAGUCGGAUCGUGGAAUGCUUGCCCCGGAGGGCCGAGGCGGCCCCGAGGGAGGACGCCAGCCUUGCCUCACGGCUUUCAGCGGGGGCAUUUGCCAGAGAUCCCACGCUGUACUUGGGGCGGGGAUGUGAGAACUAGAGGGAGAAGCCGACCCGGGAAGCGUGAACUAGAGGGAGAAUCCGCCCGGGUUUCCGAUCCCGCCUGCUUUCCUUGGGUCCGUUUCUGAAUUUCACUGUCGGGCCUCUCCCGGGAAGGUAGGAAUACCGAGUUGGGCAGGCGGUUGCCAGGGGAUUGGGACCUUCUAUGUAAAACAUUCCUUCUGUUUGGACGUAGUUGAGAUCGAUCUCUUUUCAGUCCCGCUUCUUCCACGCGUCGGAUGGGGUUUGACCAAAACGUCCCUUUCGUGAGGCUCAUCCAGACCUCCGGAUUGAGCCCACAAGCUGUGAUUUUUGUUUCCGUUGGCUUCGAACCCAGCUUGCUCAAAAUGAGCAGCGCGCUCAGUCCCCCUACGAAUCUACCUUGUGAGAUGAAGUAAAUAAAUCAUUUGAUUAUGUUGUC